AACAAAUAGUCGCAAUGGUUUCCUCGUUGCUGAAAUAAAGAGAGAAGACGAAGCUGCCAUUGAAGCCGCGCUUCGAGAUUCGGAUGCAAAAGCUUUCCGUAAACGAGGAACCCUAGAAUUUCCAUUCAAGCACGAGAAUUACGAUUCAAGAAACGCCAGCGUUCCUCCUUGUUUAUCGACAGUAAUCUUCUCCAUUUAGAAGAAGAAGAAGAAGAAGAAGAAGAAGUCUCUCCAAAACAUAACAGGAGAAUUAUUGUUUUAGCUGUACAUUUUCACAAAUUUUUACCAUGGGUUCCUUAGAUGAACCGAAAACUGAAGCACAGAGCACCAAACCCCCGGGCAUCCGCUUCUUCGAUUGCAUCAGGAGAAGAGGCUUGAGCUUUAGGACAUACCAGACCAUUGUCUUGGUCUUGACAUUCUUUGCAUAUGCUAGCUAUCAUGCCACCAGGAAAACCACAAGCAUUGUGAAAAGUGUCCUUGAUCCUGAAACAAGAAGUUUGGGCUAUUCUCCUUGGCAGAGGUCUUUCUUCCUUCGUAGGGUUAAUGGGGAACAAAGAAAGCCAAUGCUUCAGAAUGGUUGGGCUCCAUUUGAUGGCUCCGAUGGCACUGAAUUGCUUGGACAGAUUGAUUUGGCCUUCCUCUCAGUAUAUGCCUUUGGCAUGUACUUUGCUGGUCAUUUAGGUGAUCGAGUGGAUCUUCGAAUCCUUUUGACUGUUGGAAUGGUUGGCACUGGUCUCUUCACGACCCUUUUUGGUGUUGGGUAUUGGCUCAAUAUCCAUGAUUUCUCCUACUACUUGGUUAUUCAAAUGUUAGCCGGUUUGUUCCAAUCCACUGGCUGGCCUUCAGUGGUGGGGGUGGUGGGCAAUUGGUUCGGAAAGAGGAAGAGGGGGCUUAUUAUGGGCAUUUGGAAUGCACAUACUUCGGUGGGGAAUAUUGCAGGCUCGUUGAUUGCCUCUGGUUUUCUGAAAUUUGGAUGGGGUUGGUCAUUUGCUGUUCCUGGCAUGCUUAUGGCCUUUGUUGGAUUGACAGUGUUCCUGUUCUUGCCUGUUAACCCUCAGGCAAUGGGAAUUGAGAAGGAAGAUGAUUUGGCUAAGCCUUCUGAGAAUAAUGGAAUCAGUGAUCCUCUUUUGGAAGGAGGAAUAAAUGUCAAGGGGAAACCAGUGGGCUUCUUUGAGGCUUGGAGGAUCCCUGGUGUGGCCCCAUUUGCCUUCUGUCUUUUCUUCGCCAAAUUGGUGGCUUAUACCUUCCUUUACUGGCUUCCUUUCUACAUUAGCCAUACAGUUAUCGAUGGCAAGCAUUUAUCCGAUUCAACAUCAGGGACAUUAUCAACAUUAUUCGAUGUCGGAGGAGUUGUAGGUGGCAUCCUUGCAGGCCACAUAUCAGACAAGCUCAAUGCACGCGCAUUGACAGCUGCAACCUUCAUGUACUGUGCAAUUCCCGCUCUGUAUUUCUACCGCAUAUAUGGCAGUGUAUCACUGCUCUGGAACAUCGCUCUCAUGUUCAUCACCGGAAUGUUUGUGAAUGGUCCAUAUGCUCUGAUAACAACAGCAGUGUCUGCUGAUCUCGGCACGCACAGCUCCCUUAAUGGAAAUGCUCGAGCACUGGCAACUGUAACUGCAAUUAUAGAUGGCACAGGCUCUGUAGGUGCUGCUAUUGGCCCAUUGCUGACUGGUUAUCUCUCAGCCAAGAGUUGGGGUGCAGUAUUUUCAAUGCUGAUGUUGGCUGCACUUGUGUCUGGGCUUCUUCUGACAAAGCUUGUGGUGGCUGAGGUUACGGAGAAGAUCGAACAAGCGAGGUUGCAGACAAAUACUAGUCUUUCAAGGCCUUCAAUGUCUGAGCAGGAACAAGUAUAAGCUGUGGUUGUGAUUUAAAGUGUUCAAUUAGAUAUAGAGGACUAUGAAAGUUCAAAACUUUGAAGGACCACACUAUUUGAGUAGAGAUUUAUUGACUUCAAAUGUCAUGGUCAUUGGGAUUAAAGAACUUGUUGGAGUUUCUUCUUUUUCUUUUGCUUCUGUGUAUUUAUUAGGAAGCAAACGUGGGAAGAGAUGAAACUCCAUUCAUGUAUAGAGAGUCGUGUGUUUUUUUGUUUACACUCUGCAGUAAUUGAGUAAUUUAUUCCCUGCCCAAUGUUCAUAUGGAUUUGUAUUUCUUGGACUUUCAAGAUAAUGGAUUCUUAAAAAACGUGAUUGUUUUUUUUAUGA